UAAAGUGUCAUUUAUUAUUAAGUUCAGGUAAAUAAUGAUUAAAUAAAAAUUGAUAAAUCGUCUCUGUUGGUCAUCAUAUCUUACCGGCAAUCAGUUAUAACUAUACUAGAAAUGUGUCCCAGCCUUGUAAUAGAUCCCUAUUUCUAUAAUCUGUUCAUGUAAAUCUUUAUUAUCAAAACCUGAUCAAGUUUAGUCAAAGUCUCAGUAAUGCCUCCGAAAGGAAAAAAAGGUAAGGAUGCGAAAGCGAAACCCGCUCCACCGGUGAAAGGCGCCAAAGAACCUCCUCCGAAGCCGAAGAAGAUUCCGCCCCCACCCGCCUGCUUCACCCCCGAAGACUUGGCCAAGUUCAAGGAGGUGUUCAAGGCUCAUGACGAAGAUAAUGUUGAUAAGGUGCCUAUAGAAGAUAUUCCCCUCAUGUUAAGAAAACUAGGUUUCAACCCUAAAACAGCAGAAGUGAAUCAAUUGUACGUUACAUUUCUAGAAGACGAUCUAGUCGACACUGUGGAGCUCCACGAAUGGUAUCAAAUGAUUGAAGCUAAAAUGAUAAUGGGAGACGACUUCGAGUUGGCUGUGACUAAGGCUUUCGCCGCAUUAGGCCAUGAUGAUGAAGAGGUUGGUCUUACAGAGUGGGAACUGCUCAGAACUGAAUUGGAGCAAUGGGGCGAACCUUUGCAAGAAAUUGAAUUCAUUGACUGGAUUCGAUUGGCCGUUAAAGAUAAGACGUUGAAUGUAGAAGAAGGCACUUUCAAUUAUCCCAAGUUCAUUGAGAACAUGAAUAAUAAGGAUCAUAGAUACAUCAAGGAGCCUAUCAACUUCUUCAAGUUGGACCAGAAGACGCUGGCCGAGAUGGCCAUGAAGAAGGCAGCAGAAGAGAAGGCGGAGGAAGAAAGAAAGGAAGCUGAGAAGAAAGCUAGAGAAGAAGCGAGGAGACUGAAGAUGAUAGCUGAUGGUUUAUUGCCUCCUGAUUAAAACAAAUUUGGCAUGUAUUUUUUUCGUUGUUUUUUUUUCUAUGGAUAAGAUUCAAUAAUGUACAUGCUUCUACUGGAGAUGAUGGAGAGUUAGAGCGUUAUAUAUCGGCAAUUUUUUGCUGCAGACCAAGUCGGGGGUGAUAGCUAGUUAAAAAAUAUAAGUUAAGUACAAUUUGCAUUUAACAGCUCAAUUAUUAAGGAAGUUUAUAGGUUCAAAAUUAAAGCCGGCGUCGCGCUGCCCAUUUAAAUUAGUUUUAUGACACGAUUGUGAUUAUAAAAUGAGUGGAGUAACCAUUUAUGCGACGUAAGUUAAAUUGAUUUCUUUUCAUUUAGUCAUUCCAUAUGUAGUGUGAGUUGCGUAUAAUGAAGCGACUUGAUAUUGUUGAUAAGACGACCGUGAUACAUGACUUGAGAUCCGAACCUAUGUCUUUCGAUCAUAAAAUAUCCCACAGUAUCAGAAAAAAAAUUGCCGUUAUUUUUUUUAUGAAGGAGAAUUCUGAGUGUACAUAAUAAGAAAAAUAUCAUCUCAAAGCAAAGUUCCUGUUAUUUCUCUCCUUCAUACAUAUUCAUCUCAUACUAAGUACAGCGCUAAUAGUAAGUUUGCAUAAUUGUUGUCUUACAAAGAAAUGGCACGCGCAAAAUGGCGAAUUUGUCGCAAAAUUGCGAAUAUAUCUCGCGUGAACACGGAUUAAUGUUAAUCACAAAACGUGACGUUAUGUACAACACUACGUGCAUAUUAAUUUAAGAUUUGUUACUUAUGUUUUGAUAUGUUUACGUUGUCUGACUUUGAAUUGUGAGCCUUUAUUUGCUUAAUACUUAUUCUAAAAAUGAGUCUUAAAAUAUUAGAUUUGAUAGGAUAUAGGUAUACCUCAAUAUCAAUAGUAGACAAUAAUUUAGGGCGUAAUAUGCGCAUAUUAAUGUAAUACACCAGUUUGAUGUUAGGUACCCAAAUAAGGCGAAAACGAUAGAAAAAUUCCACAAUAAAUGAUCUAUCCAAUAAUGACAACUGCAUCAAAAUUCUUUAGUGUAGUUUAGGAAAAGUUAUAAGCCAAGUAGAGUAAAUUAAGAAUAUGGGGAAAGCCUUUAAUUUGGAGAUUGAAAACUCAGUUUUUCCCCAAAUUUUGGUUCGUAUCUGUUUUAACAUAAAUUGAAAGAACAACUUUUAAUUCCUUUAAUUCCUUGAAUAUAAGUAGCAAGUAAAUGGAUUUAAUAGAAUAUUCUCCUAUACAAAAGUUACAAACAGUUCCACAAGUUGAUAGGACCGUUAGAGAAUUUUGUAUCGGGGCGAAAUUCUCAUUUUCAAUUUUCGCCAUAACUCCAUUUAUUUGCCAUUCUAAAGAGCACUCAGAGGUAUUACGGAAAAUCAAUGGAGAUUUACUAAGUUUAGACCACUUCUGAAUUGAAAGAGGCAACUUGUUUACUGCUGAGUUCGAGCGAAAAACAAAUUCAUAAAGUACAAGAAGCUAAUAAUUGCGCUCUGAGAUCUGUACCAUGUGAAUGUUGUGUUCCAUUAUUGGGUCGAAGCUGUCUUUACUUCAGGCAAGUUGUCGGUUCUAAAGUUACAGCCGAAUCUUAAAAUUUCUAAGGUUACUUUUAGCUGGCAAAACAUGUAAGUUUAGUUUUUUCUUUUAACACCAAUUUGUAUUAGGUACUAUUUUUUCAAAUAUGUUUUCUUUCUUUAUGCUUUUGACAAGGACUUCACGACACAAUCGCGGGAACAUACUAUGAUAGAUAGAUCAUUUAAUAAGUUCAUUUUGUUAAAGUACACAGUCAUCAUUUAUUUCAUCUUUGAUAGCCAUAUAUUAAAAAAAAAUGUACGUAGCACUUGCUACGAAACGCUACAUGCGCGCGUAGCACUUGCUCAAUAAGCUACGAAACUUCUUUGCAACGUUGCUAAGAAUGCGUAGCACUAGCUACGAGAUCUUCACAAUUUAUAAUAAUGUAGGCAGAACGCUUAGAGUUGUUUUCAUUAAGAAAGUUUCCCAUACUAAGUACUUUUGUGGUUACCUUAUUGUUCACAUAAUUUUAUUGAAAAUCAUCUAAAUUGUGUUAAAAGAUAAGCUUAUAUACCUUUCACAAAUAUAUAAUUGCUUAAUAUUCAUAUUUUCAUUAAUUUC